CACUCACGCGGCAGUGGGUGGGCUAACGCUAGGAUCUGCCGACCGUCCUGAGAGCCGCGGAUCCCACGCUCUUCACUCGUUUCUCACAGGUUUGCCUCGCAGUUUUGUACUCAGCAGAAAGGGUACGGCAUCUGUUUUCACCCUAGUGCGGCAGCCAGGCUGCUCCCCCAUAUACAGAUGAAUGAAGACCCCAUUUGGGAAGAACGCAGGCCAGAGAUCCAGAGCUGAUGCAGGGCAUGCUGGUGUUUCAGCCAAUAUGAUGAAGAAGAAGAAUUCCCACAAGAAACACAAGAGCAGCAUGGGGCCCACUAAAGCAGUGUCGCAGCCCAGGCGGAACAUCGUGGGCUGUCGCAUCCAGCACAUAUGGAAGGAAGGCAGCGGGGCGCCCUCGCAGUGGAAAGGCACCGUGUUAGACCAGGUGCCCGUCAACCCCUCCCUCUACCUGAUAAAGUACGACGGCUUCGACUGCGUCUACGGCCUGGAACUACACAAGGACGAGCGAGUACAAGGGCUGGAGGUCCUCCCAGACCGGCUCGCCUCGACACGCAUCAGCGACGCCCACCUGGCGGACACUAUGAUCGGGAAGGCGGUGGAGCACAUGUUCGAGACCGAGGACGGCUCGAAGGACGAGUGGAGAGGCAUGGUUCUGGCCCGAGCUCCCAUCAUGAACACGUGGUUCUAUAUCACAUACGAGAAAGACCCUGUCCUCUACAUGUACCAGCUCCUGGAUGACUACAAAGACGGAGACUUGAGGAUCAUGCCUGACUCCAAUGACUCGGCCCCAGCGGAACGAGAACCGGGCGAAGUCGUGGACAGCCUUGUAGGAAAGCAGGUGGAAUAUGCCAAAGAGGACGGCUCCAAACGGACUGGCAUGGUCAUUCACCAGGUUGAGGCCAAGCCCUCGGUCUACUUCAUUAAGUUUGACGACGACUUUCACAUCUACGUCUAUGACCUCGUGAAAACAUCGUAGGUGGCGCUAGUGACAGUCAGAUGGAGGAGAGAGAGCCGAACGGGAUGCGAUUCCACAAACUUUGCCAAAAGUUCUCUCGGACGUUUCUUCUAACACCUGUUUGAGACGACACGAUGGAUAUUUCACUGGAGCCUUGGAUAGCCACUAGUUAAGUGUCUCUUAUUGUUUUCUUUUUUUUGGAUUUCGUUGUUUUGGUUUUUGUUUUGGUUUUUUUGUUCAUUUGUUUUUAUUUUUUGCCAGAUGUAAGGGUAGCUCUGUGCACCGUGAUAUUUAACAUGUACACGACAAUAGUUUUCAUUUCU